CUGUGGCAUAUUUAAGAGUAUCUUUUAGUUGUAAACGAGGCAAUAUGCAAUAAAAUUUAUAAUUGCAGUGAAAAAUCAAUUGGUUUCUCUGGAUACCGGAUGCCGAAUGAUAAACCUGUUAUAGUGGAAACACAUCUUUAUGGGAUCAAUGCAUUUACAUCUUUUUCGGAACAGGUUGGUGUAUUUUCAUGGUCAGCCAACGGUCACACUUAAAGGUUAAAUGUAAAUACUCGCACACGGUUUCAACGUACUUAUAAAAUGUCCCAAGGAAAUCAAAAUAAUAAUAAAGGGUCGCUCGCUGACUUUUACUUGGAUAAAAGUCUUCAAGAUGAUACAAACAUGCAAGAAAUUUUAAAAACAUUUAACAGUAGCAUUGACGUUUUGGAAGCUGACAUGGAAAAGGCACUUGCGCUUCGUGCAGGACACACGUUAACCACAAACGAACAAAUUAAAUUAGAUAGUUAUUUAGCAUAUUUAAAUAGUACGUUGUAUUGGAUACACUUGAAAUUACAAGGUGUAGAUGUCUCAAAGCAUGGCGUGAUGCACGACUUGGGUCGCGCCAAAGAAUUACUUGCCCGCGAUAAGGAAAUAAACGAAUCCCUGGCGGCUCCAAGAUUGGACAUGCCUGCUGCCAAUCGGUUCAUAGCCGCAGGAAUUCACACCCGGUUUGUGGACAUGGACGGAGUUAUGGUCACCGAAAAACAAUAUAAUAAAAGUCUACAAAAAAAUGAUCAAAAAUAAAAAAAUAACUAGACUAUUACUCCUUUUGGGGUUGUAAACUAGACAAUUGCCAAAAUUUAUUUUAAACAUAAAACUCAUUAUCGCCUCACUAUAACAUUAAAAUACAAAAUACACAACUCAUAUCACUUAUAA